GGGUCAACUGUCGCAAAGCAUGACGGUAAUGGGGAAGUGACUCAAAAUGGCAGUCAUCGUUUGAAAACAUUCCGAUGUGAUACGGACCAUUUGGUGAAAAAGACUGAAUUAAAAGUGAUAAUUUCUUCAGAAACUACCAUGGAUUUAUUUCGACGGUUUUCGUGUAUUUUAUUUUUAUCAACAUUAUAUAUCCAAGGACGAAAUUGUGGAACAGUUCAAACUUUAGCAUCGAUCAAGGCUACAAAUGGAUCAUCUGUGGAUUUAACUUGUGAAUAUACUUUAGCUCCAGGUGAUUCAGUGUACAGUGGGCUUAUUGUCUGGCAAGCUAAGACAUCAGGGACAUCAGAUUUUGAGAAUAUUGCUACAUUUUCACCUCCGGGAGCCCCGGGAGGAGGGAACAAUUCUUUUACCACCACAAAUUCUUCUAUGAAUCUGAAAGAUAGGGCAGAGUUACUGGAAGUAACUUCUGAGGGUCCUGGCACUUAUCGUGCUGUGAUGAGAGUUCUUGAAGUGCAGUGUUUGGAUGAGAAAGAAUACCGGUGUUCAGUUACCUUUAUCAGUACAAGUACUGGUCCACAUACAAGAACUGCAGUAACCUCUCUUACAGUUCAAGCACCUGCAGAAAGGCCAUAUGAUAUCCCUGUUGCUGAACCUAGCAAUAUUGAGGAAAACAUGAAAAUCAACCUCUCCUGUACUGCUAAUGUUGGUAAACCUCCUGGAAAGAUUAAGUGGUGGCGCUACAGAGAUCAGGUUAAUGCUCCGUUAUUGAUGGGGGAGUCCUCGGAAAUCCCCGCGGUGCAGCCUGGAGUGUGUGUGUACAACGUGACCUUCUCCAUACAACCUCUGGUCACCAAGGACGACGACCAGUCCGUGUGGAGAUGUUCUGUUGACAAUGAACUGUUGACCAGCUCACCUGACCAAGACAAGCCUAACCAAGAAACUGCUAGAAUCAAUGUCUUCUAUAAAGUUAGGGGUCCAAGAAUAGCCAAAAUCCCAGACACCCCGAACUCCCAGUAUUCUGUUGGCUCUUCUGUAACCUUGACCUGCGAAGCUGAAGGUAACCCAAGUCCUUCCACGAAUAUUGAUAAGAAUAUCAACAAGUAUGUAUGGACUUUCAAGGCCAAUCCAGGAGACAAUGCUACAGAGUUGUCGUCAAACAAUGGAAUCCUCAGUCUGAACAAUCUUCAAGAGACAGACACAGGGACAUACACAUGUACAGCCUUCAAUGGGUUCAAUGGAAAAACGUUCAACAGCUCUCAAUACCAGGAACUUCAAAUAGUAAAAACAACCACCACUUCUGCUCCCACUACUACACCUUUUGUGUCCACUGCAGGCCCGACCGGAAAUCCCGGAACAGAGUCGCGGGAAGAAGAUACUACAGGCGGGUUAUCAGGGGGGGCCAUAGCUGGUAUUGUGAUUGGGGUCAUCGUCAUCCUGGUCCUCGUGGUGGUAGCCGCGCUCUGCUUAAUCUGUAGAAACAGGCAGUCAAAGGGAGACUCCAUAGACGAACCUCCAGAGAAACCAAUAAGAAACAACCAAGAUCUGAGCUUUGUGAACAGACCAGACAUUGUCAAUAAUGAUAAAUCCUCACCAUUCUAUUCUCAAGAAAAGAAACACAACACAGAUCUGCAUUACUCUGAUUUAACAUUUGACGACAAACCCAGAAGUCGGAAACCUAUCCAAAUUUACGACCUGAAUGGGCUCAACAACAGCCCGUACUCAUCAGAAGUGAUGAUGCCCAGUGUGUGAGCGGCUCUCCAGAGCUUCAGGGAUCUGGGUGCAAAUUCAUGAUAUCUGAGAAAUUUUUGAUAUUUAGUUAGAACAUCUCAGUAACUCAAGUAGCAGUACUGGUAUAUAUAUUUAUGAUUGAUGUUAAAGAUAAUCCAUGUUUAAAUAACACAAGCACAGUCUUCUUGGUGAAAUCCACCCUGAUAUUUAGUGACUUUAUUAGUAAUCUAACAGUCAAGAACUCCUAGUAGCUAGGUAAUUGAAAUAAAUCCUACCUAUGACCAACAGACUCUGAUAAUCACAACUUCUACAUUCCCGUCAAUGUUGCGAUGUGAAGUUUGUCAGAUCCUGUUUUUCGUUAUUUUUGUCUGGGUCUGUGACCUUAAUGCCAAAGCUUUUUGAUGAGAUGGACCUGACAAGGUUAUUUGACCAAGCGUGAGUGCUAUCUUUGUCCUUCUGACUUGUACAUGUAUGUGUAUUGUGUGUAUGCAUUGAUCUAUUUUUAGAGACAUUGUUCAUUGAUAUUACACUGUGAUACAAUCACAGCCAUCAUCUACAUGUUGCAAUAAUUCCUUCACGUGUGUGCUAGAUAUCUACAAGGGUUUCUUUCCUGUAUAUAUGUGUAUAACCGUGAGAAAGGUAUUUCUUUACACAAGCUCUAACCUGUACAUGCACAUAUCAAAAUCAGCAGAAAUUCCAUCCGUUUUGACAGUGACAUCAAUAUAUAAAUCCUCUCACUUUUACAUAACAUUAUUCAAAAGAUUUUUGUAUAUAGUUUUAUUAUUGACAUUAAUUAUCAUGCCUCUUUUCUAAAGAUCUGACAAAGAUUUUGUAUCCUGAACAUCCUCCCUGAAGGUCAUUGUAUAACACAUAAUAUGUGGAUGCUACAGUAUCUAUAUAGGUUGUACAUAGAAUUCUAUUUAUAUUGAGAGAAUUAAUUUCAUAUAUUAGAAUAUUCUUGCAAGUUACUGUAUGAGGUAUGUCUUGUUGUUUGCUGCGUUAGCUCCACACUUUUGUUUCGUUUAUUUUCACUCUCCCCUUUGUCUGUCAUUGACCACGAAGUGGUGUACUUGUUGUGAAGUGUACCUUAACCACUUACUUCCGUCAUUUAAACACAUUAUUAUGUAGCUAUUAUGCUAGUAAACUCACAACAUCCCUCUAACAUGAUAAUCAUGUCAACUAUGUAAAAUCAAACAGGUAUUCAAAAUCAUGUACAAGAUUUACAUUGAGCAGUUCCUUAUUCAAUGUUUUUGUAAGGUUGUGAAUAUGCAUUUUAGUAUGUUUAAAUGUAUAUAUUUUCUUGAAUGUAUUUUAUGCACUAUAUACUGCAAGAGAAUGAGUUCUUAUCAUUAUAUGAAAGGAAAUCACAAUUUAUAUGAAUAUAUUGUACAGCUUAUGUAAGUAUUUUCUUCAUUAAAAUCCGGAAACACCAUU